CUGCGGCGAGGGAAGAGAGAGAAGCCCUUUACCAGUAAAUUUUAUUUCACCUAAUGUAUCAAAACAACAUUUAACAUUCACAGUGAUCUCACAGCCUCCUUCGAAGCGGGACAGACUUAAUCUUCACAAGCACGCAAUUAUACACUUUUGCAGAAGUGGACCAUGAGGUGAAGCCCCACUUACUUCUACUAUCCCACGAUGAACGACAAGCUGCUCUUCCUCGGCCUGCUGUACUUUGUGCAGGGCAUCCCGUAUGGCUUGCAGUCCUCACUACUUCCAGUCUAUCUUCGUGGCACUGGCCAGUCUCUCACCCGCAUUUCCCUCGCCAAGGUACUUUACUUCCCCUGGGUGCUAAAGGUCCUGUGGGCACCCCUAGUGGACCGUGCAGGUACCAAGCGACGCUGGUUGGUGUUGACGGUUGGUGGAUUGGCCCUCGUGUGUCUGGCGGGCACGAUGCUGUCACCUGAGAUACAACAUGGUGGUGUGGCUGGUGUGCUGCUGGCCAUGAACACAUUGGCGUCCGUACAGGAUGUGGCAGUGGACGGUGCCGCUGUGAGGCUUCUGCGUGGCGCUGCUGAGCUUGGCUUGGGCAACACAGCGCAGGUGGUGGGCUACAAAGCAGGCUCUGUGUUUGCCGGAGGUGGCCUGCUAGCUGUCAUUGACGUAGUGGGAUGGGCGUGGACCUUUACGUUGCUGUCUUGUGUAUAUGGUGGGGUGGCUUUGUUUGUGUGUGGUGUGAACGUACUAGACGGGGAAGCAGGGCGAGCCACAGGAGAGGCGAGAAGGGCCACAAGGGACACUUCAAAACCAUGGGCUAUUUGGAGGAAGCUGAUGGAUGUCCCGGGAACGCCAUGGACCAUGCUGUACGUGCUUACUUAUAAGCUAGGUGAACAGGGAGCCGUCACUAUGUUCCCUCUCUUCCUGUUGGAUCACCAUAUGACGUCGCGAGAGCUCGGCCUGUGGAAUGGCGUGGUCGCCAUGGCCUUCUCCAUUUGUGGCUCCUCUCUCGGGGGCUUCUUACUCUCAAAGUACAGUAUCAGCAUGUUGAUGAGGCGUGUGUUUGUGGUGCGGACUGUCGGCAUGGUCUUCCAGUGCUCUCUACUCACCGUGCUCGAGCCCUCUCCUCUAAUGAAAGGCAUGGCAGUGUUGAGUCUGAGCACGCAACACUUCAUCGCAGGCCUCAUCACGACGCUCACCUUUACCUGUAUGAUGCACUGCACACAGAGAGCUGAGGAGAGCAUCCAGGCAACUCACUACAGUUUCUUGGCCACCCUAGAGGUUUUAGGGAAGUUGUCCUUUAGCGCCCUAGCCGGAGCCAUAGUAGACACGGUGGGUUUCCCUAUCGCCUUCCUCCUCUUCCUCUUCCUCACCUCCAGCAGCGCCCUACACGUGUGGAGAGCCAUGGACACGGGAGUGCUGAAGGAGCAACUCAAAGAGCAGCCACAGUAAAUCAAGGACCGGAAGAGAGACUGUGUCUGUGUGUGUGUGUGUGUGUGUGUGUGUGUGUGUGUAUCCUGAAAGAACAGCUACAAAGAAGAAAAAAAAGGAAUUCUCUGCUUGAAAUGCUGGACAUGUUACUUAAACCAAACAUUUUCUAUAUAUUCAAUGCAUAUUAGACCGAAGCAGAAUCCAUUCAGUACAUCAGGGUGUGAAAAGCCUAUAGAAAAAGCAAUAGCGAUUAGCAAUACUGCAGUUAGACUCAAACAUUUCAGUGGAAUUCAGCACUGUGGUUUAACCAUGUCAGUCUCUCAUCUUCAGUAGCUGCUUUAACCUCUGCAGGGUUACAGGGGUUUACUACAAAUCACUAAAUGCGUUUCAUUAAACAAACACCACACUCAUUUACACAGCAGUGUACAGAAUGCCAGUGUUGAUUUGAUCACUUUUACAGCUUUCCUUCAUUUGUCUUUAGUAAAUGAUUUAUCCUAACAGCAGAGUCACAGAGAAAAUAUCACAAGUGGGUUAAAACUCCUAUAUAUUUAUAGCAGCUUCAGGAGAGUGGGGGUGUGUGAAAUACGUAUAAAACCACAUAAAACAAAGUACAUUAAAUAAUCAAAUGAAAUUAAUAAAUAUUUAUAAAUAUGUUUUUACAUUUGUCUCUCAGCGUCACAUUUACCCCCAGAACCACCCUCCUACAGGUAACGGACACGCUACAGGUUAGAAGGUUGGUGCUGUUAACUUGUGACCAGGAAAAACAAACAAAAUGCAGCAGAAUAAAAGUGAUCACAAGUGUAAAUGCACAUGCUUCAAAUCUUCAAACCAGUCCAUGUACAAAACACACUAAAAGACCUGUGAAAACAGACUUUGCCAGCAUGCGAUAAACUGAGGAUCAUACUAGUGGAUCGUCCCAACACGCUUUUCAGCAGUCAGGAAAUUGAAAUAUGCCAAAACAACUGAGCCAGUGCUGAGAGCAUGCCAUUAGAUUUGCCACAAGAGCAGUAGCCAGUAUUUUACUCACACCUUUAAUAUAUCAAACACAAACUCGGUAUUAUUUCAAAUAUAUAAUAUUUAUCAGAAUAUAUAACAGAAAUUAGGGCUGUAGUAACUGGCAUGUAAUAAAAACCCAGUAGAAGUGUAUGUUAUGAUAGAGAAUUAUGAUAUCUAGUAGUUUUAGAAUUUUUUUUCUUUUACUGUCAUUUCUGUAAUUGAGCGGAAGUGUCAAUUUCAUUUUUUAAAAAAAAAAUACUACUAAUAAUAAUUCAUUUACUGUAUUUGUCCAUUUGAAUACUGUAAAAUACUGUGAAUGUAAACCCUUGGAUGUAGAAUAUCUUCUUCAGCCACACCAUUUCUAUUUAUUCUCCGUGUGUGGUACUUCACUCCAGUGCUUGAAAUUUCCUAUGCAAUGACGCCAUAAGGUUUGUUCUUGAUCUCUUUAAGUCUUAUACUAAUAUAGAUCAGGGAUGUUGAAGAAUGUGAAGGUCCAGCACAUUUAUAAUUCCUUGUUUACAAAAAUGCAGAUAAGCAGCUAACAUGUUAAUCAUUGGUUUAUGAUUAUAUCUAUAAGAUAAAGAAUUUUUUCAUGGAUUCUGUACAAACACGUCUUGAUCUGUAGAAUAAAGGCACAAUUCUCUGUUACAAA